UAUGUGCGGAGGCAUGUCCAGCCCACCCUCUGUCAACCAAACAUCACAUAUAUAGCCAUGUAAUCUUGGGACAAUUUAUACAUCAUUGCAGAUCCGCUUCAAGAGCAAACUGCCUUCGGUGACAGACUGGUGAGUAACCUCAUCCUGACCAUCCUAAAGACAGGUCUUAAUCUAAGCAUGUCAUACAGAGAGGACGUGGAGUAUGAGGAGCAGGAGGGGCUUGUAGAGGCCAGCGGGAAGCAAACACCCAAUCCACAUCAUAAAGAUGCUGCUGAGGAACCUGGGGAAGAAGGAGAAACAAAACCAAAACAUAAACCCUUUGUGCCAGCUUUGGUGCCUCCCAAAAUACCUGAUGGAGAGAAAGUUGAUUUUGAUGACAUUCACCGCAAACGUAUGGAGAAAGACCUGACAGAGCUACAGACGCUCAUCGAGGCUCACUUUGAGAGCAGAAAGAAAGAAGAAGAAGAGCUGAUCAACCUCAGCCAAAGGAUUGAGAACCGGAGGGCAGAACGAGCGGAGCAGCACCGGGUCCACACAGAGCGCGAAAAAGAGCGGCAAAACAAACUAGCCGAGGAAAAGGCACGAAAGGAGGAGGAAGAGGCCAAGAGGAAGGCUGAUGAUGACGCGAAGAAGAAGAAGGUUCUCGCGAGCUUCCAGUACACUGGAUACAUGCAAAGAACAGACAAGAGGGGUCGUCCUAAGAAGCAAACAGAGAGGGAGAAGAAAAAAACAAUUCUUAGUGAACGCCGUAAGGAACUGAACAUUGAAAACCUGAGUGCCGAUAAACUGAGAGAAACCGCUAACGAACUCUGGAAGUGGAUGUGCCAACUUCAAGCCGAGAAGUUUGAGCUGCAAUACAGAUACAUGUGCCAGAAAUACCAGAUCACCGUCCUUAGGAAUCGUGUCAGUGACCAUCAGAAAAAUACCAAAGGCCCGAAGAGUAAGAGAGGACUACGUAAAUAAAGCAGCUUCAUGAAGACACCAGCAACGUCUACCACACUGAUAAUGUAAUCAUAAAUAAUAUGCUUUCAUGUAUUCAUCUUUUUUUGAAGCACUACAAAGAAUAAUAACAGGCAUCUGACUGAAAUAUGAAUCACUGAAGUUGAUGUUAAAGUGACUAAUAAAUAACUUGCCAUUUGAAAUGGAUUACUCUUUUCAGUGUUAAUUAAAUGCAUGUCAUCAUAAUGAAAGUGCCGUGAUGUGUAUAGCUGUCAUUUAUGAUUGUAUUAUCUUAAAGCUGCAGUAGGUAACUUUUGUAAAAAUGUAUUUUUUACAUAUUUAUUAAACCUGUCAUUAUGUCCUGACAGUAGAAUAUGAGACAGAUAAU